AUGGCCUCCAACGCUGCAGGCCCCAGCGCUGAUGGCGUGGCCAAGACGGUGCACACCGACGCCCCAGACCCAUAUGCCACCAUGGGACAGUUCUCUUUCGCGCCAGCAACCAAGACGACAGUGGUCACGACCACAUACACGACGACGACGACCUUCCCGCCCUUGUGUGUAAACGCUCCCGGUAGCCUUGGCGAGCGAGACCCCAAGGACUACCCGUUGGCCCACGUCCAGGCACCCGAGUCGAUACGCAAGUUCUAUUUCGAAUCCGGAGGCGAACUGGCUUGCUUCGAGGAAGCAGACGCUGCCUCUGAGAAGGUGCGAGAGCAGAGAGCACUUCACCGAAACCUAAGAUCGGCAAACGGCACGCUCAAAAGAGUCGAGUCUUACGACGGCCCGCCAGUCUUCGCGACACCCAGCCGCUCGACGCGUCCAAAGCCACGCGCUCUUCACCAAGGGCUACGUUCAGCAUCUGCUCGUCGGAAACGGGAUAAUGCUGACGAUUCGCCGCCGCCACCGUCUAUAACAAAGGCCGUUGAGCUGCUCGGCAUACAUCGUCAAAGCAAGAAGCCCAGGUUAGAGCACGACAAGGACGCCCGUAUGGCUUCCCGUCCCACAUCUGCCGACAUGGAGGAUCCACAUCUCGCUACGCCCGACACAGACAUGGCAGAACUGGGCUCAUCGGAACUGCCAAAACUCCGCACCAGCCAUCUACACAAUCCCAAGCUUAGGGCUACGUCACAGCAGAUUGGACCAAACCAAACCCCGUCUCGAUGGCGGCUCCAGGAAUCAAGUGCUCGCUCAUCACACUCUAGAGAUAGCCUCUCUGACGAUCGAGAGCCGACCCCCGAGCCCUCCUUUCCCACAGGUGUAUUUGAUGGCCCCGGCGUAGCCGCCACACCCCCAAUCGCCGAGUCCGAUCUGGAACCAGGUGGACCUUUCGCCGACGACACAUCUUUCACGCCCUCACGCCUCACGCCUCUGGACACAACUUCCGCGCAGGAUGUGAGUUUGCCCAGUCCCAGCUUGUCGCCCAUAACGGCUGCCGCAAACCUCGCUCAACAAACAAAUGGAGGAGCGUCCUUCUUAGGCACAGAUAUGGACUACGAUGUGAACGAUGUAUCAGGACUUGACCUGUCACAGGGCACUUUGAGCAGUUCGCACACAGGGGAUUUCUCACUGUUCCCUCACGGCUCCCAACAGCGUGACAACGCUGAUAGCUCCAACACGCAACUGCCUACUCCUUCUGUUAUGGACAUACCCAACAUGCUGAACUCGUUCGAUGCGCUGCCGGAGCAGAUGAAGUCGUACGUCUUGUACCAGAUGUUGCGGAGAUGCAAAAAGCCAACCCUACACUUUGUCGCGGAUGUGGUCAACCCUGCUCUCAAACGCGACUUCAUCGCCUCGCUACCCACUGAGCUCAGCCUUGAGAUCAUUGGUUAUCUAGAUGUCAAGAGCAUGUGCAGUGCCGCACAGGUGUCUAAAUACUGGCGCAAGCUCACCGAUACCCACGAGUCCGCAUGGAAGGAUCUCUUAGACAAAGAUGGUUACAAGCUGCCGUAUGGCGAGCUGGAGCGCGCUGUGCAAGAAGGCUGGGGCUGGCAAUACCCUCAUUCUGCCGACAGCUACGAGCGCGACCUGAGAGCUCAGUCGGUAGUCUCGAGGUCAGACAGCGAAACCCUCUCGGGCUUUUCCAGUUCUGGCUUGUCCAGCGGUUUGCCAGAUCAGGAGGGUGCAGUCACACGAUCCUCGUCCACACGUCAGAAAAGGAAAGCUACCAGUAAGCAUGGUAGUGGCAGUGGCAAAAAGGCCCGCAAGAGUCGUCCCACCACCAGGACACAGGUUGCCCUCUACUCGCGCCCGGCAGAUCACCAAGAAGGCCCGCAUGCCUUUGCCAAGAGAGCAGAAGCUGCCAUCUCCGAUCCCAACGUUGGCUUGCCCGGCCUUCGUGCUAUGCAUCUUUUCAAAUCUUUGUACCAAAGGCAUCAUCUCAUCCGCAAGAGUUGGAUGGCGGCAGACACCAAGCCGAAGCACAUUGCUUUCCGCGCACAUCAGCGCCAUGUGGUGACAUGUCUCCAAUUCGAUACAGACAAGAUCUUGACUGGUAGUGACGAUACUAAUAUCAACGUCUACGACACCAAGACAGGAGCGUUACGAAGCCGCCUCGAGGGCCAUGAGGGUGGCGUAUGGGCUCUUCAGUAUGAGGGGAACACACUUGUAUCCGGCUCCACCGAUCGCUCAGUGCGAGUGUGGGAUAUCGAAAAGGGAAAGUGCACACAUGUUUUCCAGGGCCAUACAUCCACUGUCCGAUGCUUAGUGAUCCUCAAGCCAACUCAGAUCGGCGAGACCCUGGACGGCCAGCCAAUCAUGAUGCCGAAGGAGGAGCUCAUCAUCACUGGUUCACGUGACUCUACACUUCGUGUCUGGAAGCUUCCCAAGCCAGGCGAUCGGGGCGUCAUGCAGACCGCAGCUUCGUCCAACGAUCACGACAACCCGUACUUUAUACGCGCUCUGACCGGACACCAUCAUUCAGUACGUGCCAUCGCUGCACAUGGUGACACGCUCGUCAGCGGAAGUUACGACUGCACAGUCCGAGUGUGGAAAAUCUCAACCGGAGAAGUUCUGCAACGUCUCCAGGGUCACUCACAGAAGGUGUACAGUGUCGUCCUCGACCAUGCACGCAAUCGCUGCAUCAGUGGCUCGAUGGAUAACAUGGUCAAGGUCUGGUCUCUGGAAACGGGUGCCUGUAUCUUCACGCUUGAAGGCCAUACCUCCCUUGUCGGCCUUCUCGACUUGAGCCACGAGCGCCUGGUAUCGGCUGCUGCUGAUUCAACACUCCGGAUAUGGGAUCCAGAGAAUGGACAGUGCAAGAGCCGACUCUGUGCUCAUACAGGUGCCAUUACUUGCUUCCAGCAUGACGGCCAGAAGGUCAUCUCUGGCUCUGACCGCACACUUAAGAUGUGGAAUGUAAAGACGGGCGAGUUCGUCAAGGACUUGCUUACAGAUCUGAGCGGCGUAUGGCAGGUCAAGUUUAACGAGCGUCGUUGCGUUGCUGCUGUCCAGCGCAACAGCAUGACAUACAUCGAGGUCCUCGACUUUGGUGCUUCGCGCGACGGCGUUCCCGCUGAUCAAAGAGGACGACGUAUCGUCGUCAACUCCAAGGGCCACGAGAUCGAGGAUAUCUCUGAAGGCGACUUGAUCGACGUGGACCAGCCUUAG